AUGGCCAUUUACAGCGCAGUCCCUCCGCCUCCGCAGUUCGGCGGCACAUCAUCCAACUCGUCGCAGCAGGCAGCGACAAGCAAUGCAUCCCCAGGCCCAAUGGACAUUGAGUCGUGGACCGUUGCGGCUCUGCAAUCCCUCAGCGUUUCUCCCGGUGUUGUUCAAGGCACCGGGACCUCGCUGUCGAUCCCUCUGGACGACCAUCUCACCACCAAGCCCUCUGUCGUCGUUAAAGAUCCUCGUGCCGAUUCCGGUGCCAUUACGCCCCCGCACCGUCCUCUUUCUCGCCGUGACAGCCAGAAACGACGCGAUGCACUACUGAAAGGCAAGGAGGGCACUCGGGCCCGUCGGCGCUGGGAUAAUGCCCGCCUCGCCGACGUUCCCAACGUCCAGCCUCCUCAGCCUGCCGAUUGGGAGCCGCGCCCGACCCAUCCUGUCCAAUACGUUCCCUACCAGAUAGCAGCUGCCUGGGAGCUCCGCCUUCAUGCCGAUGUCGAGGCCAAGAAGGCGGUGGCGGCCCGCCGUAAGCAACAACAGACGCAAACCCUGGGCGACGAAAAUGUGAAUGGGCGAGUGCCCCGGGAGCUGUUCCAGCGUGCCAAAAAGACUCCCGCGGUCCGCACCUGGGUCAGAUCGCUCGAGGAGCCCGUUCGCCGAUUUUUGGUCGAGCGCGAGGUGGCCAAGGACAUGGAGUUUGAGAGCGACGAUACCGAAGACGACGAGAUAGUCUUUGUUGGGCGCAAUGGGUCUAUGCACGACGGCUGGAAGAAGGCCAAGAGAGAAGGCCACAAUGACGAGUCGGGCAUGGUCUUUGAUACCUUGGGUGAUGAUGAGUGCAGUGCUUUCAAGCGAUGGCUCACACACUCCAUCUCCGACUACUACGGCCUGGAUUCUCGCUCAGCGUUAGUGGGCGACCCUUCGCGCAAAGUUGUCUACGUCGGUGUAAAGCAGAUGAGAACCGGGCAUGCACCAGCCCCGGCAGCACUUCCACGGCCCUUGUGGGAGCUUUGUUAA